UUUUAUCCCUCCAAUUGUUCCUGAAUCUGUGAUGCCCUGACUCUGACAUGUCGCAAUAGACGCUUCCCAUAUGUUAGAACUUUUUUAAAGAUAAACCUCAAGACGGCAAUCUAAAGUUACCGAGGGCCCCCUCCCGGACAUCUCAAGCGGAAUACAGUUGGAGCUGGUUUUGGAUUAUUUCUGCUGAUGUUCUGUGUACAGUAGUGUCACGAUGAGGAUGUAUAAGUCAAGGUGAGAAGGGCUUGCUGGGCAGAGCUGAGUGAAGCGGGAAGGAAGAGGGAAGCAAAAGCCAAAAAAAGACAGCGAAGGAGGAAGCUGGUGUGAAGAUGGCCGGUAACUCCGCCUGUAACGCUAAAUGUGUCGGUGAUGAGAUACUGGAUGCCAAACGUGAGCGUGAGGGAGAGCCCGACACAAAAGAGAGCGCAUCUAAAGAGGUGCCAUCCUCGCCUUACUUUGAGGUCAUCGAUGGGGUACUUUAUCGUAAGAAGUUGGAGAAGGGCUUCAUCAACUAUCGGGAAGUGUUGGACAAAGAGCGGCGGCAGAAUGCCAUUGCCACCUUUCACCACAAGCGCCCUGGGAGUCGACACCACACCUUGGAGGACACCUACAGAUACGUGGCUGAGAAUUACUGGUGGGAAGGUAUGUACUUCCACAUCCGGGAGUACGUGAUGAACUGCCAGGAGUGUCAGAUGCAGCCGGAAGGACAUGAGAUACGCUCCAAGUCGCUGGUUUCCAAGACGUUGGAAUCCCACAGCAAUGACCUCUUGGGCAAGCUGAAGGGCCAGUGGGAAGAGGGGCUCUUCUGUGACAUCACCCUAAAGACAGGUGGGCGCUCCUUCUGUGCACACAAGGCAGUGCUGGCAGCCGUCAGCGAGUACUUCCAGGAGAUCUUCGCUGAGAUGGCCUCUUCACCCACUCCGCAGUCUGACAUUGAUCUUACUGGUUUUAGUGCAGAGAGCUUCCUUCCCCUGCUGGAGUUCUCCUACACCUCCACUCUGUCCCUGAAGCUCGAGGACCUGACGGAGGUGUCCACCAUGGCACGUCAUUUUCGAAUGUGGGCCGUGGUGGAAGCUUGCCGGGCCAUCCAGAGGGAGCAGGGAGCCGGCACCGGGAAGAUUUGCCUGAAGUCUGAGCCUUGUGCUGGGGGCUACUCAUUUGAGUCCUCCAGCCCCAGGCUCUUGGAGGACUCCAGCAGCCAGCAUGAUGGCCCUGCUGUCAUCAGCACUGAGAGGAUCACCGGAAUGAGGAAGAGGAAGAGUGCUGAGAAGGAAGAGGAUCCUGCUGGAAAUUUGGGAUCUCUUGGGAAUUGCAGGGAGUCUGUGCUAGACCAGAGUUUUAAACUGACACUGGAACCAUCUGAUGAGUCAGGGGUCGAGACACCAAGCAAAUUGGUGAAGUUCACUCAUCAGUCACCAAAACAUGGACAGCAGGAUGGAAAUGGCCUCCCUUGCAGCCCAACCCGCAGGCUAAAGCUUAUGGACUUCAAAUCCCCAUCCAGUAAGGGUAAAGCAUCCCACCAGAGCCUCUCCAUUAGUCAUCCACCUGUACGCAUCUUACGCUCGACACCCACAGUUUCCCAGCAGCAGCUAGAGCCCACAGUAGAACAUAUUAGAGAUGUACCAUCUGCUGUCCCCUCGUCUAGCUCCCGGAAGCGCAAACCGAGGAUCGGUUUCCCACAGGCCAGCCAGGAGGGCACCCCAGUAAAAGAGGAGCCGCUGGAGGAGGAAGUGCAUAGCCCCAGGACGCUGGAGAAGUAUCGGCUGCUGAGUGUGUUAGGCCUUCAGCGAAAGUGCCUCCUGCCUGGGCCUGAGGAGUUGACAGGCUGGAGACAGAAGAAGAGACUACGUAAGCUCAAAGUGGACAGCUACUCCCUGACGGCCCGUCGGAAGCCCCGAGUCCAGGGCAAAGCCAGUAGCUCCGGAGUCAGUGGACCUUCCAUCACAGACAGUAGUGAAAGGAACGUCACAUUCCUUGACAGGGUGAUUAAGACCGAGCCACCUGAACCCAUUAGCCUGGAGGACAUGAGUCGGAAGAAUACGGCCUGCCCCCUGCUGGUUGCUGGUGAGCAUAGCCACAGGUCCAACACUUUUCAAGAAGAGAGGGGGUUGAGGCGCUCCAUGAGGGGCAGGAGCUCUCCCCCAUUAGUCCGCCCCAACCUUCGGGCUGGGAACGCAGAAAGGGCCUCCCGUGUGCCGAAGGAGAAGCCUGUGCGUAUAAAAGCGGAGCCUUCCUCAUUCCCCAUCCAGCCCCUGGCUGCUGCCACACGCAGCCGUGUGAGCGCACGCCUCUGUCAUCAUGGAGAUCCCCUCUUCUCUCUCAAGUUGAAGAGAUCUGCAGUCAAGGGCUGCUCCCUGAAUGAGCUGUCCACCAGGGUCACGAGGAGAACAGUCCAGGUAGCUCGUUGCGGUGGAGGUCGGCCAGCUGCAAGAACCGAGAUGGAGCGGAACUGCGUGCGUGUUGCAAAAAAGAAGAAGAAGAAGAAGAAGAAGAAGAAGAAAAAGGACAUAAAGGUCAGAGCAGCAGGACACAGAGGAGCACCAGCCAAAGCUGCCCGAGUAAUGGAGGGAGUGAGAAAGCAUGGUGGAUGUCGUCAAAGUAGCCCCGGGACUGGGACCGGGACCAGCACCCGCACCCACCGUCACGGUCACCACCUUCUUGGAGUGAUUAAGGAUGAGCCAGUGGACCCCAUUCCUCUGUCUGUUGAUGCCAUACCAGAGCUGGGGAAGAGGCAGAGCAAGCCCCCCAUGAAGCUGCUGGACCCUGGCUUCCUCUUCAGCUUUUGCAGACCCAUCAGCUCCAUCAAGAAGGAGGAGGAGGAGCGUGUGGACAUCUGCCUGACCCGCUCCAUGGCCCAUUCCAUGACCCCGAGACCCAGCACACGGAAGCAAAGUGGCAGGAGCGCGGCAGACAUCUCGAGUCGUACACGUAGCGCCAUCAGGGAAGCCCACGCUUCACGCAUCCGCAUCCGUAGCCCUGGGCGAAUGGAGCCUGGGGCGGGCACGUCGCGGACGAGGACGAGACUUGCUAGCACAGAGAGGGAGCUCCUCAAUGGCUUCCGUCGACUCGGCUUGCCCGGAACAGCAAGGCCAAAGGUGAAACGGGAACAACCAAAGAAAAAUCUGCGACUGCCCCCCCUCCAGGGUCGUCACUUGCUUCUCCUGGGUUCAGUUCGGCGGACGAGAGUGAAGCAGCUGCGGCAGGCGCGUGGCCGCUCUCCCGUGACGUCGCACACCUGCUUUCAGUGCCGGGUCACCUACAGAAACUGCGAGGCGCUGAUCAUGCACCGCAUUCGCCACAUUGAGGGCAAGCACUGGCCUUGUCCGCUGUGCAGCAAGACUUUCUUCAGGCAGCGCAAUGUGCAGAGCCAUAUCCGCACACAUGACCACAAACUAUACAAAUGCCCCCGCUGCCUCUCUGCCUCCUGAUGCUGGUCCCCACACCCGAAGGGGGGGGAUCCUAGCCAUAAACAUAAUGCAGCCUGGAGUGUUCCAUCAUGCAGAAAAAAAUUUUUUUUUUUUUUUUUUUACUCCAAAUUCCCAUUAGUGUACAUUUGCUUUAGUUCAAUAAAGCACUUUUUUGCUUCCUUUUUACUUAUUAUU